AAGAAACACUGGAACGGCGGUCAACAGUUAUCGCUCCCCACAGUUCUACUGUAACAAAAAAUUAUUUAUGAAUUCCCAACAUUUUCACAUUAAACUAUGCUAUUGAAAUUCGUAUUUGUUUGGUAAAUUCGAGGUGGUUAUAUUUUUCUGUAAUACUCUAUCGGGUAUCUGUAGCAUCAAGUGGAUCUGGGCCCAGAAACAAAGGAGGAAAAAUGAAAGGAAAUAUAGCACAGACAGGCAGGAGCCUUUGCUGGACCAGAGGUGCUUUCUCUAUCCUCUCCCUCUCUCUCUAGUUAUCUGUCUCUUUGCCUGGAUUGCAUUUGAAUCAUCAUUUUCACAGUUUUCGGGUUGAAUGGGAAGGAAGGAAAGAUUUAUUUUUGGGAAGAGUGUUGAGUAUGAGUGCUCUAUGAUGUGUUGUAUGAUGAUGGUGAUGAGUCUUUUGACCGGUAAAAGGGGAAAAUAGAUAAAGUGGAGAGAGAAACAAAGAGAGAGAGAGAGGGGGAAAAACAAAAGAUGUGCCCACCCAAGCAGUUCAUUGUUGCUUAUUGAUGUAAAAGAAAGUGAGGGAUUUUUCAUUCUUUCAUUAUCCCUUUUCAUUCAAACACAUGUGUGCAGUAGAUGUAAUGCUCUUUGUUGAAAGGCUUAAUUUGUUACAAGAGGUUGCUGUUGUUUGAUAAUUGAGCAGUCCUUGUAGCAGAAUAAAGGUUGCUAAGAUGCCUAUGUUUCAGCCUUGUAAGAAAGAAGGGAUUCUUGGAUUUGAGGUUAGUUUGGGUGGGUGUAUAUUAGAUGUAGAUACAGAGGUGAAAGAUGGAGUUUUGAGUGGAAUCGUAGCUGGGAAUUAUAACUGUGUGGCAGGAGAGAAAUUGGAUCUCAAUAAAAUGAUUGAAGAGCUAAAUUUAUCUGAUGUUCCAACCGUUUUCAUAUGCCCUAUCUCUCUUGAGCCAAUGCACGAUCCUGUCACCCUCUGCACUGGCCAAACCUACGAGCAAUCGAACAUUCUCAAAUGGUUUAGCUUGGGGCAUUACACUUGUCCCACCACAAUGCAAGAAUUGUGGGACGACACAAUCACUUCAAACAAGACACUUCACCAUUUGAUCUUCACUUGGUUUUCUCAGAAGUAUGUCCAAAUGAAGAAAAAAUCCGAGGACGCCCAAGGCAGGGCGUCCGAACUUCUUAGCAGUCUCAAAAGGGUUAAGGGUCAAUCACGAAUUCAGACCCUCAAAGAGCUGCGGAGAGUGGUAGUGAGGCAUUCAACAGCUAGGAAGGCUGUUGUAGAUGAAGGAGGGGUAGCUCUCCUUUCAUCCUUUCUUGGCCCGUUCACUUCCUAUGCCGUAGGCUGUGAAGUUGUCGCGAUUCUUGUGAGCUUGAACCUGAAUUCUGAAUCCAAGAAGAACCUGAUGCAGCCAGCAAAGGUGUCAUCCAUUGUUGAUAUUCUCAAUGAAGGGUCUACAGAGACUAAAGUGAAUUGUGUUAAGCUGAUUGAGAUAUUUAUGGAGGAGAAGGAUUUUAGGGCACAGAUUGUCUCGAGCCUUAGUUUGUUAGCUGCCUUGAUGAGAUUGGUGAGAGAUAAGAGGCAUCCCAAUGGCCAUUUCCCCGGUCUUGGCCUACUUAAGCUCAUCAGCAUGCAUGAGAAAGUCCGAGGUUUGAUAGUCAGCAUUGGAGCUAUACCUCAGUUGGUAGAGCUGAUACCAGCCUUGAGUCCAGAGUGCGUGGAGCUGGCCCUCUUCGUGUUGGAUAUCCUGUCGUCUGUGCCUGAAGGGAGACGAGCUUUGAAGGAUUGCUCGAGCACUAUACCUAAUGUUGUGAAGCUAUUGAUAAGAGUGUCUGAGAAUUGUACAGAAUAUACCUUAUCAAUUUUGUGGUCUAUAUGCAAACUAUCACCAGAAGAAUGCUCCCCAGUUGCAGUGGAAGCCGGUCUUGCAACAAAGCUCCUUCUCGUCAUCCAGAGCAGCUACAGCCCUGCGCUCAAGCAGCGUGCAGCCGAGCUUUUGAAGCUCUGCAGCCUCAAUUAUUCAGACACAAUCUUCAUCUCCAAGUGCAAACUUACUAGGACAAUGCAAUGAGCAUUGAGAGAUUGAUCAUCUCCCUACACAUUGCUACCUCUACAGCUGCUGGAGCAAGAGAAUGCACUUCCAAGCUUUGGGUUUGACAAAUGUGGAGAUCCAUCUUGUAUGUAAACAUGCCUUGAUCGUGAAAUGAGAAGGUGGCUCGUGCUCCUUGCAUUACAAUAUGGCACCAGAAUAAGUGUCAAGAUAAAGAUUUCUAAAUAUGUGAAGGUGCAACAGUUUGUGGAUCAUGGCAAUUUGUUUGGAGCUUGUAAUAGGUGAGCAGUUGCUUGGCUCCAUGAAUCUCCACAUUUCUUGAAUCUUUGAUGUUUGAAGGCCCUCUAAUUUUUUUCUGCAUAUUUGUACAAGUUUUGUUUUUUUGUUUUUUUUGGUGGGGGGUGGGGAUUAACAGAGUGUAGAUAUGUAGAGAAAAAGGGGCGUUUGCCUCCACUUUCCACUUUGUACAAUUAUUAAUGAAUUUCGAGUUGGUUUGAGUGCUGAUGAAA